AUGGGGCCGGGGGCCCGAGGUCUCCUUCGCCGCCGUCGCCCGAUGGCCCUGCCGCGGUCACCACCGCCCAUGGGGGCGCUGCCCCUGCUGCUGUUGCUGGCGGGGCCGGGGGCUGCAGCUCCUCCUUGCCUGGACGGAAGCCCGUGUGCCAAUGGAGGACGUUGUACCCAGCUGCCUUCCGGGGAGGCUGCCUGCCUGUGCCGCCCAGGCUGGGUGGGUGAGUGGUGUCAGCUGGAAGACCCUUGCCACUCGGGCCCCUGCGCUAACCGCGGUGUGUGCCAGAGUUCAGUGGUGGCGGGCACUGCCCGCUUCUCCUGCCGCUGCACUCGUGGCUUCCGAGGCCCGGACUGCUCCCUGCCGGACCCCUGUCUCAGCAACCCCUGUGCCCACGGUGCCCGCUGCUCCGUGGGGUCCGACGGCCGCUUCGUGUGCUCCUGCCCGCCCGGCUACCAGGGCCGCAGCUGCCGGAGCGACGUGGAUGAAUGCCGGAUGGGUGGCCCCUGCCGCCACGGUGGCACCUGCCUCAACACCCCCGGCUCCUUCCGCUGCCAGUGCCAGGCAGGCUACACGGGGCCUCUGUGUGAGAGCCCCACCCUUCCCUGUGCCCCCUCGCCCUGCCGUAACGGUGGCACCUGCAGGCAGAGUAGCGAUGUCAUCUAUGACUGUGCCUGUCUUCCUGGGUUUGAGGGCCAGAACUGUGAAGUGAACGUGGACGACUGCCCAGGGCACAGAUGUCUCAAUGGGGGGACAUGUGUGGAUGGUGUCAACACGUACAACUGCCAGUGCCCACCCGAGUGGACAGGCCAGUUCUGCACGGAGGACGUGGAUGAGUGUCAGCUACAGCCCAACGCCUGCCACAACGGGGGCACCUGCUUCAACACCCUGGGGGGCCACAGCUGCGUGUGCGUCAACGGCUGGACGGGCGAGAGCUGCAACCAGAAUAUCGAUGACUGCGCCACGGCUGUGUGCUUCCACGGGGCCACGUGCCAUGACCGGGUGGCCUCGUUCUACUGUGCCUGUCCGAUGGGCAAGACUGGUCUCCUGUGCCACUUGGACGAUGCCUGUGUGAGCAACCCCUGUCAUGAGGGUGCCAUCUGUGACACCAACCCGGUGAAUGGUCGGGCCAUCUGCACCUGUCCCCCCGGCUUCACUGGAGGGGCCUGUGACCAGGACGUGGACGAAUGCUCUAUUGGCGCAAACCCCUGCGAACAUCUGGGGCGCUGCGUGAACACGCAGGGCUCCUUCCUGUGCCAGUGUGGCCGUGGAUACACCGGACCUCGCUGUGAGACGGACGUCAACGAGUGUCUGUCCGGGCCUUGCCGCAACCAGGCCACGUGCCUUGACCGCAUAGGCCAGUUCACCUGCAUCUGCAUGGCUGGCUUCACAGGAACCUACUGUGAAGUGGACAUGGACGAGUGCCAGAGCAGUCCCUGUGUCAAUGGAGGUGUCUGCAAGGACCGAGUCAACGGCUUUAGCUGCACCUGCCCCUCGGGUUUCAGCGGCCCCACCUGUCAGCUGGACGUGGAUGAGUGCGCAAGCACCCCCUGCAGGAACGGGGCCAAGUGCGUGGACCACCCCGACAGCUAUGAGUGUCGCUGCGCCGAGGGCUUUGAGGGUACUCUGUGCCAGCACAACGUGGACGACUGCUCUCCUGACCCUUGCCACCACGGGCGCUGUGUGGACGGCAUUGCCAGCUUCUCUUGCGCCUGCGCCCCAGGCUACACGGGCACCCGCUGCGAGAGCCAGGUGGACGAAUGUCGCAGCCAGCCCUGCCGCCACGGGGGCAAAUGCCUGGACCUGGUGGACAAGUACCUCUGCCGCUGCCCUCCUGGAACCACAGGUGUGAACUGUGAAGUGAACGUUGAUGAUUGUGCCAGCAGCCCUUGCGUCUUUGGGGUGUGCCACGAUGGCAUCAACCGCUACGACUGUGUCUGUCAGCCUGGCUUCACAGGGCCCCUCUGCAACAUGGAGAUCAACGAGUGCGCAUCCAGCCCGUGUGGCGAGGGCAGCUCCUGCGUGGAUGGGGAAAACGGCUUCCGCUGCCUCUGCCCGCCGGGCUCCCUGCCUCCACUCUGCCUCCCUUCCAACCACCCCUGCGCCCACGAGCCUUGCGAUCACGGCAUCUGUCACGAUGCACCGAGCGGGUUCCGCUGCGUGUGUGAGCCCAGCUGGAGUGGCCCCCUUUGCAGCCAGAGCCUGUCCCCAGAUGCCUGUGAGUCCCAGCCCUGCCAGGCUGGUGGUACCUGCAUCAGUGAUGGAACGGGCUUCCGUUGCUCCUGUCCACCUGGGGUCCAGGGCCACCAGUGUGAGGUGUUGUCCCCUUGCACCCCAAACCUCUGUGAACAUGGGGGCCGCUGUGAGUCUGACCCUGGACAGCUGCCUGUUUGUUCCUGCACCCCUGGCUGGCAAGGCCCACGGUGCCAGGAGGACGUGGAUGAAUGUGCUGGUCCUUUACCCUGUGGUCCCCAUGGUACCUGCGUUAACCUGCCGGGGAGUUUCAGAUGUAACUGCCGUGGAGGGUACACUGGCCCCUCCUGUGAUCAGGACAUCGAUGACUGUGACCCCAACCCGUGUCUCAAUGGUGGUUCGUGCCAGGACAGCGUGGGCUCCUUCUCCUGUUCUUGCCUUCCUGGUUUCGUUGGUCCGCGCUGUGCCCAAGAUGUGGACGAGUGUCUGAGCAGCCCCUGUGGCCCUGGCACCUGUACCGACCACGUGGCCUCCUUCGCUUGUGCCUGCCCACCGGGCUACGGAGGCUUCCGUUGUGAGAAAGACCUGCCGGACUGCAGCCCCAGCUCCUGCUUCAACGGAGGGACCUGUGUGGACGGCGUGAACUCGUUCAGCUGUUUGUGUCGCCCGGGCUACGCGGGCGCCCACUGCCAAUAUGAGGCCAACCCUUGCCUCUCCCAGCCCUGUCUGCACGGGGCCGUUUGCAAGCCCACCCACCUGGGGUUUCGCUGCACCUGCCGGGAAGGCUUCACUGGGAGUCAGUGCCAGACUCCGGUGGACUGGUGUAACCAAAUGCCCUGCCAGAAUGGGGGCCGCUGCGUCCAGACUGGGGCCUACUGUGUUUGUCCCCCCGGGUGGAGUGGCCGCCACUGUGACAUCCAGAGCCUGCCCUGCAGGGAGGUCGCGGCCCAGAUGGGGGUGCGUUUGGAGCAGCUUUGUCACACAGGCGGACAGUGUGUAGAUGAGGGCGGCACCCACUACUGUGUGUGCCCACAAGGCCGUACGGGCAGCUACUGCGAGGAGGAGGUGGACCCCUGUGUGGCCCAGCCCUGUCAGCAUGGGGGUACAUGCCGUGACUACAUGGGGGGCUACGUGUGCGAGUGUCCAGCCGGUUACUACGGUGACAACUGUGAAGAUGAUGUGGAUGAGUGUGCCUCUCAGCCCUGCCAGAACGGGGGUUCCUGCAUCGACCUUGUGGCCCACUACCUCUGUUCUUGUCCCCCUGGGGCGCUGGGGGUGCUCUGUGAGAUCAAUGAGGACGACUGUGACCCCGGCCCGGCCCUGGACACCGGCACCCGGUGCUUACACAACGGCACUUGCGUGGACCUGCUGGGGGGCUUCCGCUGUAACUGCCCCCCAGGAUACACAGGCCGGCACUGCGAGGCGGACAUCAACGAGUGUCGCCCGGGCGCCUGCCACGCACCACACACCCGGGACUGCUUGCAGGACCCCGGGGGGCAUUUCCGCUGCCUCUGCCACGCUGGCUUCACAGGUGCCCGCUGUCAGACUGCCCUGUCGCCCUGUGACUCCAAGCCGUGCCAACACGGAGGGCAGUGCCGUCCCAGCCUGGGCCCGAGGGGCGGGCUCACCUUCACCUGCCACUGUGUCCAGCCGUUCUGGGGUGCUCGCUGCGAGCGGGUAGCACAUUCCUGCCGGGAGCUGCAGUGUCCGGUGGGUGUCCCGUGCCAGCAGACGUCCCGGGGUCCGCGUUGCGUCUGUCCCCCGGGGCUGUCAGGACCUUCCUGCCGGGCGUCCAGGACUCCAGCCCCCGGGGGGGUCGCCAACUCCAGCUGCGCGGCCGCCCCCUGUCUGCACGGGGGCGCCUGCCACGCCGUCGAGCUGCCCCCCUUCUUCAGCUGCGAGUGCACCCCGCGAUGGGCCGGCCUGCGUUGCGAGACCCUGGCGGUGGUCCCCGAGCAGGAGGAGGAGCAGCAGCAGGAGGAGGAGGAGGAGCAGCAGGAGGACGGGGAGGAGGAGCUGCGCUGUCCUCGAGCCUCCUGCCUGGCCAAGCGCGGGGACCUGCGCUGCGACCGCGAGUGCAACCGCCCGGGCUGCGGCUGGGACGGCGGCGACUGCUCGCUGAGCGUGGGCGACCCCUGGCGGCAGUGCGGGGCGCUGCAGUGCUGGCGCCUCUUCAACAACAGCCGCUGCGACCCGGCCUGCAGCUCGCCGGCCUGCCUCUACGACAACUUCGACUGCUCCCCGGGCGGCCGCGAGCGCGCCUGCAACCCGGUGUACGAGAAGUACUGCGCUGACCACUUCGCCGACGGCCGCUGUGACCAAGGCUGCAACUCGGAGGAGUGCGGCUGGGACGGGCUGGACUGCGCCGGCGAGGUGCCCGCGCUGCUGGCCAGGGGCGUCCUGGUGCUCACGGUGCUGCUGCCGCCCGAGGAGCUGCUGCGCUCCAGCGCCGACUUCCUGCAGAGGCUCAGCGCCAUCCUGCGCACCUCGCUGCGCUUCCGCCUGGACGCGCGGGGCCAGGCCAUGGUCUUCCCCUACCACCGGCCCAGUCCCGGUCCCGAACCCCGAGCCCGGCGAGAGCUGGGGCCCCCCGAGGUGAUCGGCUCCGUGGUCAUGCUAGAGAUUGACAACCGGCUCUGUCUGCAGUCACCGCAGAAUGACCACUGCUUCCCGGACGCCCAGAGCGCGGCUCAUUACCUGGGAGCCUUGUCGGCAGUGGAGCGCCUCGACUUCCCUUACCCUCUGCGGGAUGUGCGAGGGGAGUCCCUGGCGCCAUCCGAGCAGAACAUACCCUUACUGCCACUGACAGUGGCGGGUGCCAUCUUCCUCCUGGUCAUCCUCAUCCUGGGCGUCAUGGUGGCCCGGCGCAAACGCGAGCACAGCACCCUGUGGUUCCCCGAGGGAUUCGCGCUGCACAAGGACCUGACAGCCGGCCACAAGGGCCGGCGGGAGCCCUUGGGACAAGACGCACUGGGCAUGAAGAACAUGGCCAAGGGAGAGAGUCUGAUGGGGGACGUGGCCACCGACUGGAUGGAUACGGAGUGCCCAGAGGCCAAGCGACUGAAGGUCGAGGAGCCUGGCGUGGGCGCGGAGGAACCCGUGGAUUGCCGCCAGUGGACCCAGCACCACCUUGUUGCGGCUGACAUCCGGGUGGCACCAGCCAUGGCCCUGACCCCACCGCAGGGCGAUGCGGACGCUGAUGGCAUGGAUGUGAAUGUGCGGGGCCCAGAUGGCUUCACCCCGCUUAUGCUGGCUUCCUUCUGCGGGGGAGCCCUGGAGCCCGUGCCCACCGAGGAGGACGAAGCGGACGAGGCCUCGGCCAGCAUCAUAUCGGACCUGAUCUACCAGGGGGCACAGCUCGGCGCUCGCACUGACCGCACGGGCGAGACCGCCCUGCACCUGGCUGCCCGCUAUGCCCGGGCCGACGCUGCCAAGCGGCUGCUGGACGCCGGGGCAGACACCAACGCCCAGGACCACUCGGGCCGGACGCCCCUCCACACAGCUGUCACGGCUGAUGCCCAGGGCGUCUUCCAGAUUCUCAUCCGGAACCGCUCCACGGACCUGGAUGCCCGCAUGGCGGAUGGCUCCACGGCGCUGAUCCUGGCGGCCCGCCUGGCAGCGGAGGGCAUGGUGGAAGAGCUCAUUGCCAGCCACGCCGACGUCAACGCUGUGGACGAGCUGGGGAAAUCAGCUUUACACUGGGCUGCGGCUGUGAACAAUGUGGAGGCCGCCUUAGCCUUGCUGAGAAACGGAGCCAACAAGGACAUGCAGGACAGCAAGGAGGAGACCCCAUUGUUUCUGGCUGCCCGUGAGGGCAGCUUCGAGGCGGCCAAGCUGUUGCUGGACCAUUUUGCCAACCGAGAGAUCACCGAUCACCUGGACAGGCUGCCAAGGGAUGUGGCCCAGGAGCGGUUGCACCAGGACAUCGUGAGGUUGCUGGACCAGCCCAGUGGGCCCCGCAGCCCUCCUGGCUCCCAUGGGUUGGGUCCUCUGCUCUGCCCGCCUGGGGCCUUCCUCCCUGGCCUCAAGGUGGCACAGUCUGGAGCCAAGAAAAGCAGAAGACCCCCGGGGAAGGCUGGGCUGGGGCUACAGGGGACUCGGGGACGUGGCAAGAAAUUGACACUGGCUUGCCCUGGUCCCCUGGCUGAAAGCUCUGUCACGCUGUCACCUGUGGACUCACUGGACUCCCCGAGGCCCUUUGGUGGGCCCCCCGCUUCCCCUGGAGGCUUCCCCAUGGAGGGUCCCUACGUGGCAGCCACAGCCUCCACCGUGUCCUUGGCACAGCUUGGCACAGGCCGGGCAGGACCCCUGGGGCGUCAACCUACUGGGGGCUGCGUGCUCAAUCUUGGCCUGCUGAACCCUGUGGCUGUCCCCCUCGACUGGGCCCGGCUGCCUCCACCUGCGCCCCCGGGGCCCUCAUUCCUGCUGCCCCUGGCACCAGGAUCCCAGCUGCUCAGCCCGGGGACAGCUGUCUCUCCCCAGGAGCGGCCCCCACCCUACCUGGCAGCUCCAGGUCCUGGCAAGGAAUACCCUGCGGUGGGAGCCCAUGCCAGUCCCCCUAAACCCCGCUUCCUGAGGGUGCCCAGCGAGCACCCUUACCUGACCCCAUCCCCAGAAUCCCCAGAGCAAUGGGCCAGUCCGUCACCUCCUUCCCUCUCGGACUGGUCCGACUCCACACCCAGCCCAGCCAAUGCCGCGGGGGCCGCAGCUGCCGGGGCUCUGCCAGCUCAGAAACACCCCUUGUCUGUUAACUCCCUCCCCCCCACCCAGACCCAGCUGGGUCCCCAGCCCGAAGCCACUCCUAAGAGGCAGGUGUUGGCCUGAUGUUCCCGUUCCUGUGAUCGUGGAGGGGCCGAACACACACCCCUCUUGACUCCUCUCUCCUUCCUCUUAAAUCUUAUUCGUAUUCUCUCUCUCUCUCUUCUCUUGCUCUCUCUCUGUCCCUCUCAGAGGGCUGCACCUCCAACUUACAUUGUGACAAGUCAGUCACCAGCCCAGAGACUCUCCAUCUUCCUUUAUUUAUAACAGGUAGGGCUGACUUCCUACCCCAGGGCUGGAACCUCUUGGCCCGCUCUCUUUCCUCUAGCUUCCCUUCUCAUUUUCUUCUCUUUCUUCUGGCUUUUCUUUUCUCUCUUUCUUUCUUUCUUUUUUUAUCCACACUCUGACAUGAGUGAAUUAUUCUUUUCUUCUUCUUCUUCUUCUUUUUUUUUUUUUUUUACAUUUUGUAUAGAAACAAAUUCAUUUAAACAAACUUAUUAUUAUUAUUAUUAUUUUUUACAAAAUAUAUAUAUGGAGAUGCCCGUUCCCCCCACCCCGCAGAACCUCCCCCACCAAGUGCCCCCAUGGGGCUAAGUCUGUGGGCCCGUAUGGCCAAGCAGGAUUCUGUGUACUAGGUACACAGAAAGUACUGGGGUCCCGUGUACUGAGUACACGACCCUGGUAGGUACCAAGUAGCCACCCCUUGGGCACACCCCCUCCCCCUCCCUCACUUCACUGCAUUCCAGAUAAGAUGUGUAAGCUUGCCAGGAAAGGGUUCUUCUGACCCAAGAGCCUCCCGUCCUCCCAGAGCCUGGGUCACCUGCUUUGGGAAACUGGGGGGGGGGGGGGCAGCUGGUGGAACAGGGGAUCAGGAGAGACGCAUGCAUUCCAUUGUAUCGCUGUAAGGACAGGGCUGUGGGUGGGUGAAAGCCGGGAGGGUGGGUGACCCUCCCCCCCAAUCUGGUACUCCCCUGCUGCAGCCUCCUGACAGAAUCGAAGUAUUUUUAGGCUAUUUUUGUAAAGCAGCUUCUGGUCACCACCCCUGCGUAGCUGAGUUCCCAGGCCCUUCAUUGUAUAUCCCCAGCCCCCUCUCCACCUAAUAAACGGUCAGUUAACACUU